AGCAUUUUCUUUGAUCUUCCGUACUGGAAAACCAAUUUGUUGCGUCACAAUCUGGACUUUAUGCACAUUGAGAAGAAUGUGUGUGAUAACAUUUUGUACACUUUGCUUAAUGACAAAGCAAAAUCAAAGGACAAUCUCAAGGCACGGAAAGAUUUGAAAGAAAUAGGCAUAAGGCAUGAUCUCUGGCCAAGUGACAAUGGAUCAUAUCAUUUAUCUUUAUUUUCACUAACACGUGACACCAAGAAGCUAUUUCUUUCGGCAUUGAAGAAUGUUGUGCUACCAGAUGGAUACUCAAGUAAUAUUUCGAGAUGUGUGGAUGAAGGACAGAAAAAAAUUUUUGGAUUAAAAAGUCAUGACUGUCAUAUUCUUUUGGAGGAAUUGUUACCAAUAGCAGUUCGUCAUUUGCUGCCGGAUCAUGUUACCGCAGUAUUGGCUGAGUUUGGCUCAUUCUUUAAGAUCCUUUGUGGGAAAAGCUUAAGUAACUCUGAACUUGACAAGCUCCAACAACGCAUAGUGGUCGUCCUUUGCCAGUUGGAAAUGUUAUUCCCUCCAUCAUUCUUUACCGUCAUGGUUCACUUGACAGUCCAUCUAGUAGAUGAAGCAAAGCUCGGAGGUCCAGUGCAUUAUCGAUACAUGUAUCCAAUUGAGAGGGAGUUAGGCCAUCUAAAAUCCCAUGUGCGGAAUAGAGCACAAGCAGAAGCAUCUAUUGCCGAAGGAUAUUUAGCUGAGGAAUGUCUCACUUUUUGUUCUCGCUAUUUUGAAGAUAUAGAGACAAGGUUCAAUAGAGCUAGACGUGUAUGUGAUGACCCGCUUGACAAGGGAUGCUCAAAAUCUUGUCUCUUUCCGCCGGUGGGUAAAGCAGGGAGUUCUGGUACAAUUUUUACAUUGAAUGAAAAGCAAAAGCUACAAGCCCAUAGAUAUGUGUUACUAAAUUGUCCAGCCGUCAAGGAUUAUGUGAAUGAAUUUAGAGAAUACAUAAGAAGAAGUUCAAAGGGAAGGAGACCGAACCCCACAGACAUAGAGAAGAGAGUAUUUAAGGAAUUUGUUUCAUGGUUUGAAAAACGAAUAAUGAACCCAGAUACCAUAGAACAGUUGUCUAUUGACAUCAAAUUUUUAGCACGAGGCCCCUUAUCAAAUGCAACGAGAUAUAGUGCUUGUAAAAUAAAUGGUUGCACAUUUCGAACUAUUGCUCGUGAAGAAGGUUUGAGGACACAGAAUAGUGGAGUAUAUUUAACCUCUAGCACACCAUGUGUUGCAAGUUGAGUUGACAAAAAUUUAAGACAAGGUGAUGUACCCUAUUAUGGCAAGUUGGAGGAUAUAAUUGAGGUUAGCUAUUAUGGGCGAUUCACUGUUGUUCUCUUCAAAUGUAAAUGGGCUGAUUCCACUCGACAUAGAGGAUAUAGAAGAGAUCAAUGGCAUUUUCAUUGUGUUAACUUUGAAAGACCAAUUCAUACCGGUGAACAUGAAGAAGAUGAGCCUUAUAUUCUAGCGUCACAAGCAUCAAUGGUAUACUAUGUAGAUGAUGUCGUUAACAAAGGAUGGAGUAUCGUUGUUCAUUUAAAACCAAGAGAUUUGUAUGAAAUGGGUGAUGAAAUUGAAGAGGCUGCAGAUGAGGACGAGCCACAUCAAGAGCAAGCUCUUGAUCAAUAUUUUGGUAACAGUGAUGAAUACAUUCAAUUGGCAACAAACCACUUGAUCGAUGACGUAGUUAACUCAUAAUGAGAAAUCUAAGCAAUGCCGAAGUGUAAACGGUUUACUAAUCCCCUGAGAUCAGCUCCUCAACCUGAAAAUGGUUUUGAUCAGACUAACGACGAGGUAUUUCACAAUUCACCUACGGAUAUCUCACCACCUAAUCAUGAUUCACCACCUAAUCAUGAUUCAACAAUACAAAGCAAUCCGGAUAGUAAUAUGGAUCAUUCACUGCCUAACCAAGGAUCCCAAGAACAUACUAGGCCCUUUGGUGGACGUCAAUCUUCUGAAUAUUGGACCGUGGAGACAGUAGGCACAGAUGGAACUAUUAAGACUAGAAGGCUAAAAGUUAAAGAAAUGGAUAACUUAUCUAGAGAUGAGCAAGUUGUUGUGAACUUUGAAGAUGAACAAGCUAUUGGAGAAGCCCAAGGUUUGCUUGCUGGAUAUCUAGGAACAUUGGCAGUUGAUUGUAAGUUAUUUCCAAUCAAUUUCUCAAAGUGGUCAGGACCUUUAGGCAUACCUCGAUCUAGAUUUGAAGAGUGUUUUAGUAACUUGCUGAAGCCAAAAUUUCAUUUCAAAAUUUCUGAGGGCAUUGCAAAAGCGAUAUUGCAAGCUUAGCCUUGCAAAAAAGUGGUCACAACAUAGAAUUAAGUUAUGGAAAGAGUUCUAUGAUCCAUGCAUGAGUAGACAAGCACUCAUUGAUAAUGUCCCGGUCGGCAUCGACAGAGAUCAAUGGGCAUCUUUUGUUCAGUAUCGGUUUCUACCUUCUACAAUGGAGAUGUGUAGGAGAAAUAAGGAAGCUCGCAAGAAGCAAACAAUUCCCCAUACUGGUGGCUCGAAACCCAUCUCAAGGAAAAGACAUGAAAUAUUUUUAGAAACUGGUCGAAAAAUUAGCCGUGGAGAAAUGUACAUAGAAACUCAUAAGAAGAGAGAUGGGUCGUUUGUGACUGAUGAAGCAAGGGAUAUAGCAGAACAAAUUGAAGUACUUAUGACUCAAAAUGAGAAAGAUGAAUCUAGACCAUCUACAAAUGAUGCUAUUGGAAAAGUGUUUGGGGAGGAGCAUUCUAGUAGGGUGUGAUGCAUGGGAAUGGGAGCAACACCUACUAAUACUUUCAGAAAUGGCAAUCAUCCUAGCCAGUUAGCUAAUUCUUCAACUUCAAUGUCAUCUACUACCAAUUACUCCCAAGCUGAUUUUAAGCGUUUGGAGUCUAAAUUUGAUGGGACAUUAGCUGCAUUCAAGGCUUAUUUUCUUGCUAAAGAAGGAAGAAUUCCUGUUGAACUUACUAGUAUAUUUGGCCAUGGAACUCAGGCUAAUGAUAUUGAGAACGAAACUAUUACACCGACAACAGGAAGAACAUCAUCAGGAGGAAGCAAUGAAAAUCGUGAAGACAUUGUUUAGUAUUGCUUUAAAGAUUGAUUAGUUGUUUAUUGUUCCACCUUUGUUAGGGUAUUAUGUUGCAUUUUUUUAUUAAACAAACUUAUUCAAGUAGAGAACUCAUUAGUGGUAGUUGUGAGUUUAUAUUAUUUUAGCUUAUUUAAUUUUUAGGAGUAGAUAUAUAAAGACAGUGAUGAUUCAGAUA